UAUAUAUAUAUAUACUUUUGCGCCCUAGUAAUUGGUUGACCUACAUUGGUACUCGUGCACUCGUAUUUAAAAGCUACUCAACUCCUUGCUAACAAAGUUAACUGACACUAUCAAGACGUACCUUGAGUUAUUGUCCUAUUUAGAGCGCAUGAAUCCCUUUUUGGUUGGACUCACACGCAAACGUAUUUAAAUACACCGAACGGAAGCCAAAUCCGUUAACGCGCCAUCGCGAAACUGCUCCCCGCGCGGUUUAAACAAGCUAAACGUGAUGUGACACGCGGUUGAUGAAGCGCUCCGCUAACGGCUGCGCUCCGGCUCGAGCCGAAAGGGGGCGCUGUUGAGUUUUGAAACGGCAUGUCCGGCAGCCCGACCACGUUUUGUGGGACAGCGGAGGGAAAAAAAAUCGAAUAAAUCAACAUAUUCGCAUUAAAACAACAUAAAGAGGCGUACUCCGCGCAACCCAUAUGGCCAUUUUAAUUGCUUUAGUAGUUACAUCUGUCGCUAAUGUAUGCGUCGCGUAUUUUUUUCUUCUUCUGUCCAAUAAGGCUAAAAAAUACUGAUAACCUAUUAUAAAGGAUUUCAGUAGGGUGGCUCAACCGAUGCCGUGAUUAAAACAUUACUUGCGUGACAUUUAUAGACGUUAGUAAUGAUUUCUUUUAAUAAAUGUCAAUAUUACGAGUCCUUUAAACAAGCAUUAGGUGCUUAAGCGUAAAUGAUGAUUUUAAGCUUAUUGAUAGGCCCGUACGGUGUAUAAAUCUUUACGAAAGCGCGAUGCGGGGAAAAUACAGUGAAUGAAAAGAUGCUUUACCUGCUUUAAACGGCCAAAAACAAAACGACCGUCCACAAAGAGUUAAAGCCGUCGUUUAGCUCUCUGUCAGUUCUGACAGUUCGGAAAACUUUUGUUUCUUCUCUAGUAUGUAAAUUGACCGCCGGAUUCAGCGAGCCUAUUGGCUACGAGUCCGAGUCAAUUUCGUAUUUCAAACCUGACGUCAGGGCGGCUAUAAAACUCAGCAUUGCUUUUAUACUCCUAUGCUCGGUGAUCCUUUAAAAACUCUAGAACAAGCCCGGAGUGCUUUUUUUUUUCCAGCCAAGCAUCCAAUUGCCAAUCACAUACAUGUUACGGUCUUCAUUUCAGCGAAACUAUUGAAAAAAAAAAGGGCGCCGCGCAGCCAUGCGGUGUUAAAUGUUCGCAACUCAAACGCGUCGACACUCGCGCACAAAGAGAGAGGAACUGGAGACGCGCGCGCUCCUGCGUCUGUUGCGCGAAAGGCGAAAAGGCGUCAAUUGAAAAAAAUAAAUCGGCGCCGGCGAACCCUUUUCUCCGCUUUUGAAGAAUUAAAUAAAGAAAUCAAGCUGGCUCACGCUGUCUCGAACCCGACCACUUUGACAGCUGCUCUUCACCCCCUUUGGAGGACUGUCAACAGCAAAAGGAUGGCAUCAGAACUGGCAAUGAGCAGCUCCGACCUGCCCACCAGUCCCCUGGCCAUGGAAUAUGUUAAUGACUUCGAUCUGAUGAAGUUUGAAGUGAAAAAGGAGCCGGUGGAGCCCGAUCGCAGCAUCAGCCAGUGCAGCCGCCUGAUCGCCGGGGGAUCCCUGUCUUCCACCCCGAUGAGCACGCCUUGCAGCUCGGUUCCCCCUUCCCCAAGCUUCUCGGCGCCCAGCCCGGGCUCCGGGAGCGAACAGAAGGCGCACCUGGAGGAUUUCUACUGGAUGACCGGCUACCAACAGCAGCUCAACCCAGAGGCUUUGGGCUUCAGCCCCGAGGACGCGGUGGAGGCGCUGAUCAACAGCAGUCACCAGCUCCAGAGCUUCGACGGCUAUGCUAGAGGGCAGCAGUUCGCCAGCGCAGCCGGCGCUGGAGGCGCCAUGGCCGGCGAGGAGAUGGGAUCCGCCGCCGCGGUGGUCUCCGCGGUCAUCGCGGCCGCCGCAGCCCAGAACGGCGCGCCGCACCAUCACCACCACCACCACCACCACCCGGCGGGUCACCACCCGACGCCCGGCGUGCAGUCCGGCGGCAACCCGGCCGGCCACCAGCACAUGCACCUGGACGAUCGCUUCUCGGACGAGCAGCUGGUGACCAUGUCCGUGCGCGAGCUCAACCGGCAGCUUCGGGGGGUCAGCAAAGAGGAGGUGAUCCGGCUCAAACAGAAGAGGAGGACCCUCAAAAACAGAGGCUACGCGCAGUCGUGUCGCUACAAGCGGGUCCAGCAGCGGCACGUCCUGGAGGGCGAGAAGACCCAGCUGCUGCAGCAGGUGGACCACCUCAAGCAGGAGAUCUCCAGACUGGUGCGCGAGAGAGACGCGUACAAAGAGAAGUACGAGAAGCUCAUCAGCAGCGGCUUCAGAGAAAACGGAUCGAGCAGCGACAACAACCCGUCGUCCCCGGAGUUUUUCAUGACGUCACGAAAGUUUCUACACCUGUGAUAUGACCUCUGACCCCUGCCCUUUGCCCCUGCAGUCUGAGACAGUGUAACACUGGAAUGCUUCUGGCUUAGGGUGACCCACGGCUCCAAGACUGCCACAAAGCACAACCUCUCCAAAAUCCACCCCUGAUGAAGACAAUGACGACAAGGAGGAAGAUGGAGGAAUGAGAGAAAUCGGAAACCCUUUAUCAACCUGAGUGCCAUUCCUCAGCCUUACCCUACAAUCCCCUUCUACUGACUCGACCCUGAUUUUACAGUCAGACGUCUCGCCAACAAUGAAAAACAAAUUAGGAAAGCCUCGAAACAUCCCUGCAUGCUUGAUGAUGCAGUCCAGACAAUAAAAGGAAUUCGAAACGGAACUUCCUCCAGAUAUUU